GGAGGAUGAAGAUGUGCAAGAUGGCAGCAGAGUUGUGCAAGAUGAAGAUGAGCAAGAUGGCAGCAGACUUGUGCAAGAUGAAGGAUGACGUGUUGCGGUGCAAUUUGUGAAUGAGAGACCCGGCCCGGCCUGCACGGUGAUGACGACCACCGGGGGGCGGACGACGCUCGGUGCUCUGGCAUGCCGCGCGGCGCUUGAUGGAAUGCGAGCCGAGUGACGCCGACACGCCGAGCAUGGCCGAGGAGGAGGAGGAGCUGGAGGCGCCGCCGCCGAGUGUGGACAUCGACCCGGACUUCGAGCCCCAGAAGCGGCCGCGCUCCUGCACUUGGCCGCUGCCCCGUCCGGACUGUGGCGCGGGGAAAGCGGGGGCGAAUGACGUCAUCCCGGAGGAAGAGGACGACGAGGAGGAGGGAGGCGGCGCGGGGAGUGGCGAGACCCCGCGGGGGGGCGGCUGUGGCGGCGGCGGCGCGCUCGCCCCGCGGCCGCCGGAGCUCCGGGGCGACGAGGCCGGGGAGGGCUCGCCUUCCUCGGCUCUGCUCGCACCGGCGGCGGCGGCGGCUCCGCAGCAGGCGCGGAAGUGUUCGGCCCGCAGGAACGCGUGGGGGAAUUACUCGUACGCCGACCUGAUCACGCAGGCCAUCGAGUCUUCGUCCGACAGCAGACUGACGCUGUCCCAGAUCUACGACUGGAUGGUCCGCUCCGUGCCCUACUUCAAGGACAAGGGCGACAGCAACAGCUCGGCCGGGUGGAAGAAUUCCAUCCGGCACAAUCUGUCCCUCCACAGCCGCUUUGUCAAAGUCCAGAACGAAGGCACGGGCAAGAGCUCCUGGUGGAUGGUCAACCCGGACGGCGGCAAAGGGGGCAAAGCGCCGCGGCGCCGCGCCGUCUCCAUGGACAACAGUAAGUACAUCAAGGGCGCCCGGGGCCGCGCCACCAAGAAGAAGGCCUCGCUGCAGGCCGCCCAGGACGGCAGCUCCGAGAGCCUCUCCAAGUGGACGGGGAGUCCCACCUCCCGGAGCAGCGACGAGCUGGACGCCUGGACCGACUUCCGCUCGCGGACCAACUCCAACGCCAGCACGCUGAGCGGCCGCUUGUCGCCCAUCCUGGCCAACUUGGAGCUGGACGAGGUCCCCGCCGACAGCUCCCCCCUGUCCCCCAUGUUGUACUCCAGCCCCAGCAGCAUGUCGCCGUCCACCGUCCCCGCCGGCCUCUCCGACCUGGCGGGGACCAUGAACCUCAACGACGGCCUGUCCGACAACCUGAUGGACGACCUCUUGGACAACAUCAGCCUGACGGCGGCGCAGCAGCCUCCUCCUGGCGAGGACGACAAAGGUCAGGGAAGCUCCGUGUUCACCUUCAGCUGCUCGGGAGGCGGACUGGCCAGUCCGGUGGGAAGCUACGGUCCCAAUCCUCUCUUCAGCCCGCCGUCCAUCACCAGCCUGCGCCAGUCGCCCAUGCAGACCAUCCAGGAGAACAAGCAGACCACCUUCUCCUGCGCCUCGCUCUUCAGCAACCACCAGACCCUGCAGGACCUCCUCAGCCUGGACCACAGCGACGUCAUGCUCACGCAGUCCGACCCGCUCAUGUCGCAGGCCAGCGCCGCCAUCGCCCUGCAGAACUCCCGCCGCAACGCCCUCCUGCUGCGUAAAGACCAAGGCGGUGCCGGCCAAGCCCAAAACCCGCCCGCUUGGCAAGCCAACAACGGCGAGGCCAAGCACCUGAAGUCUCCCGGGAAGAACCAGGACCGCUUUCCCGCCGACUUGGACCUGGAGGUCUUUAACGGAAGCCUGGAGUGUGACAUGGACUCCAUCAUCCGGAACGAGCUGAUGGAGGCCGACUGCUUGGACCUCAGCUUCGACGCCGCCCACAAUGCCAACAUCAACCCGGGGGGCUUCUCCGGCGCCAAACAGACGUCGGCGCAGAACUGGGUCCAAAGCUGAGAGCUCCGGACACAACAUGGACUCAACUAGUGGAAGUUUGUUUAUGUCCUCUUAUUUUCACAUCUGCUUUCUUUGAAGGGAUGGACCUGGUGGACACACUCGUACUCGGGUUUAGAUCUUUGAAGGACCUGGUGGACUUUGAAGGCUGCGUUCACACUCGUACUCGGGUUUAGAUAUUUGAAGGACCUGGUGGACUUUGAAGGCUGCGUUCACACUCUUAUUCGGGUUUAGAUCUUUGAAGGACCUGGUGGACUUUGAAGGCUGCGUUCACACGUUCACACUCGUAUUCGGGUUUAGAUCUUUGAAGGUCCUGGUGGU